CUACCGCAGCGCGCCAUGCGGGCGGGGGCGUGGCCCCGAUGGCCACGCCCCCCUCCCUCCCAGGCCCCGCCCCUUCUCCCGGUACGCGGCGGCGGCGGCGGCAGCGGCAUGGCCGUGUGGACCCGGGCGUGCAAAACAGGGCUGUUAGAGCUGCUGCUCCGGGAGCGCUGGGUGCGGGUGGCGGCGGAGUUGAGCGGCGAAGCGCUGAGCCUGACGGCGGAACCGGGAGGAGGAGGUGGAGGAGGAGGUGGCGGCGGCGAAGCGGCGGCGGUGAACGGCGUGGUGAACGGCAACGCGGAGGCGGCGCCCGGUUGCGUGCGGAGAGUGCGGGUGGUGAAGGCGGAGGCGGGAGGGCUCGGUAUAAGCAUCAAGGGAGGUCGGGAGAACCGUAUGCCGGUGCUCAUCUCGCGUAUCUUCCCGGGGCUGGCGGCGGAACGGAGCGGGGCGCUCCGGUUGGGCGACGCCAUCCUUGCCGUUAACGGCGUCGAUCUCCGGGAUGCCACCCACGAUCAAGCCGUCCAGGCGCUGAAGCGAGCCGGGAAGGAGGUCAUCCUCGAAGUGAAGUUCAUGCGGGAGGUGACCCCCUACAUCAAGAAGCCCUCGCUGGUGUCAGACCUGCCGUGGGAGGGGGCUCCCCCGCAGUCACCCAGCCUGAGCAGCAGUGAGGACUCGGGCUCCCCCCAGCACCAGGGCCCCCGCGACCGCAAGGUGAUCCCACUCAAGAUGUGCUUUGCUGCCAGGAACCUCAGCAUGCCCGACCUGGAGAACAGGCUGAUCGAGCUGCACUCGCCGGACAGCAGGAACACGCUGAUCCUGCGCUGCAAGGACACAGCCACGGCCCACUCCUGGUUCACCGCGCUGCACGCCAACAUCACCGCGCUGCUGCCUCAGGUCCUGGCCGAGCUCAACGCCAUGCUGGGUGCCGGUGGGGCCAUGGCCGGCAGCCGGGAGGUGAAGCACAUUGCCUGGCUGGCCGAGCAGGCGCGUCUGGAUGGUGGGCGGCAGCAGUGGCGGCCGGUGCUGAUGGCGGUGACAGAGAAGGACCUGCUGCUGUAUGAUGCCGUGCCCUGGACCCGGGAUGCCUGGGCCUCCCCCUGCCACAGCUACCCGCUGGUGGCAACCAGGCUCGUCCACUCAGGCUCAGGCCACCGCUCGCCCACCCUGGGCUCGGAGCUGACCUUUGCCACGCGGACAGGCUCUCGCCAAGGCGUGGAGAUGCACGUGUUUCGUGUGGAGACCCACCGGGACCUCUCCUGCUGGACACGGGUCCUCGUCCAGGGCUGCCACGCUGCUGCCGAGCUCAUCAAGGAGGUGACAGUGGGCUGCACGCUAGCGGGGCAGGGGGUGCAGCUCUGCCUCCACUACGAGGACGGCUUCACCAUCAGCCGGGAGGAGCCAGGCGGCAGUGCCAUCCUCUUCCGCUACCCCUACGAGAGGCUGAAGAUGUCGGCGGAUGACGGCAUCAGGACCCUCUACCUGGACUUCGGAGGCCCCGAGGGGGAACUGGCACUGGACCUGCACUCCUGCCCCAAGCCCAUCGUCUUUGUCCUGCACACCUUCCUCUCGGCCAAAGUCACUCGCAUGGGGCUGCUGGCGUAGGUGGUCCCUGCCUGCCACCCCAUCACAAACCAGCCAGUGAAAGUGGAGGGACCCCCAGCCCUCCUGCCCCACCAGUGCCUUGCUGGGGCCGGGACUUGCCUCCCCGAGAGCCACCAGGGCUGUGGCAGGACGGCUGCCUGGGGGGAGCCCCUCCAGCUACAUGGCAGCACUCCCAGCCCCGCAGUGUCCCCCGGGCACAGACACCAGCUUUAAUCCCCCCGGGCCUGAAGCCAUCGCUGAUCUCACCGCCUGUGCCUUGGAGCGGGGCCAGCCCGCCGCCCCCCCCCACUUCCCGCCUGGGAGACUGGGGACUCCCUGGUGCUCCCUGCACUGUGCUGGGGGAGCCUCCCCUGCCUUGGGGCUCCCCCUGAGGGGUCACAUUGUCCCUGCAUGGGCUGGAGCCCCCAUUGCUGCAGCACGGGGUCCUCUUGCCCCACUUAGGCUGGGACACACACACUUGUCUUACUGGGGACACUCAGGGGUACAAAAGGGGUUGAUCCCCCCCCUCACUGCCAGCAGGGCAGGAUGUGGCAGUGACCCCCCAAACCUCCCAAAGCCAGAAAACUGAAGUUGAGUCUCUGCUAUGCUGGGCAGAGGGGCUGGGGCUGCCUGCGCCCAACUGGGGGGCCCCCCCCCAAAGCUAUGCUGACCCCAUGGCCCCCCCACACCCUGCAGCCUGGGCCCCCCUGUCUGGGAGCUGCUGUGCAGGUCCAGCCCCCGCUGCUGGGGGGUUGUAGGCCCCUGCAGGUUUGGGGCAGGAUGUGUAGACUGAUGCACUUUCGCUUUUUUUACUUUUCGUCUCCCUGGGGGGGCAGCUCCCUCACCCCGGGGUGCUGGGGGAGCCCUGGGUGUGGUGCAAGCAGGGCCCCCAGGGUCCCCCUCCCGGCUGAGACUCCGUUACCCUCAGCCGACUUCUGCUGCACGUCUUUCUGCUUCUCAGGGGCUGUGCUGGCCCGGGGCCAUGGGGUGCGGGGGGCGCCAGCCCCCAGCCUGGGGUUGGGACUUGCACACAAGCACUACAGGUCCCGGCCCCCCCGCCGCGGGCACCGCACGCUCCUUCUAUUUUUGUAUUCUUUGUAAAUCGCUAUUUAUAUCAGAUUGCCUUUU